AUGACGACCGCCCAGCGGGACGCCCUGGUGUGGAAGCUCGCCGGGCUGCUGCGGGAGUCUGGUGAUGUGGUCCUGUCUGGCCGUAGCACUCUGAGCCUGUUGACUGGCACCCUGCAGCAGCUGAGCCACGUAUUUGAGCUGCACCUGGGACCAUGGGGCCCUGGCCAGACAGGCUUUGUGGCUCUGCCCUCUCAUCCCGCCGACUCCCCUGUCAUCCUCCAGCUUCAGUUCCUCUUCGAUGUGCUGCAGAAAACUCUUUCACUCAAGCUGGUACAUGUCCCUGGUUCUGGCCUCCCAGGGCCCAUCAAGAUUUUUCCCUUCAAGUCCCUUCGGCAUCUGGAGCUCCGAGGUGUCCCCAUCCAUUGCCUUCGUGGCCUCUGUGGCAUCUACUCCCAGCUAGAGACCUUGAUUUGCAGCAGGAGCAUCCAGGCAUUAGAGGAGCUCCUCUCAGCCUGCGGUGGUGACCUCUGCUCUGCCCUGCCUUGGCUGGCUCUACUCUCUGCCAACUUCAGCUACAACGCACUGACUUCUUUAGACAGCUCCCUGCGUCUCUUGUCAGCUCUGCGUUUCCUGAAUCUGAGCCACAAUCAAGUGCAGGACUGUGAGGGCUUCCUGAUGGACUUGUCUGAGCUCUGCCAUCUGGACAUCUCCUAUAACCACCUGCAUAUGGUGCCAAGAAUAGGACCCUCAGGGGCCGCUCUGGGGACCCUGAUACUGCGAGGCAAUGAGCUCCGGAGCCUGCAGGGCCUGGAGCGGCUGAGGAACCUGCGGCACCUGGAUGUGGCAUACAACCUGCUAGAAGGACACAGGGAGCUGUCCCCAUUGUGGCUACUGGCUGAGCUCCGCAAGCUCUACCUGGAGGGGAACCCUUUGUGGUUCCACCCUGCGCAUCGGGUGGUCACUGCCCAGUACUUGUCACCCCGUGUCAGGGAUGCUGCAGCCGGCUUCCUUCUCGAUGGGAAAGUCUUGUCACUGACUGACUUUCAGCUCUCCACAUCCUCCAACUCCAUGGCUCCACCUGUGCUCUGGCCAGCAGGGAGUACUGUUGAAACCUCAGGUGGCCCUGACUUGAGCGACAGCAUCUCCUCUGGGGGCAUUGUGGCCCAGCCCCCACAUCGUAAGGUUAAGAGCCGAGUCCGUGUGAGGCGAGCAAGUAUCUCGGAACCCAGUGAUACAGACCCAGAGCCCCGUACUCUGGACCCCUCCCCGGCUGGGCAGUUUGUGCAGCAGCAUCGGGAACUUGAACUCAUGAACAGCUUCCGGGAACGGUUUGGCUGUGACUGGCUACAGUAUAGGAAUCACCUGGAGACCUCUGGGACCCCAGUUCUGGCUGCCUCCCAGACCCCUGCCCUCAGCACUCUGUGCCCAGACACCCUGAGCCCAGGGUCUGUGCCUGGGCCUCCCCGCCCAGAGAAGGAGUCACCGCAGGAAAUGGCAGAGGAGGUCAGGCUACGGCUGGAGCCCCGGGAAGAAGAGGUGGUGGAGGAGCUGGUGAAGGAGGAAGAAGGAAAGGAGGAAGAAGAGGAGGAGGAUCCCCCUCCUUGUGUGCAGGGCUCAGAUCCGCUCCCCAGGGCCCCUGUCCUUGUUCUGCGUUUCUCCUAUAUUUGCCCUGACCGGCAGCUGCGUCGAUACGUGGUGCUGGAGCCCGAUGCCCAUGCAGCUAUCCAGGAGCUGCUUGCCGUGUUGACCCAAGCAGCCACCACGGCUCAGUGUCAGCUUGGGGAAGCAAGAGACCCGCUGAGGGGCAGACUCCAGUGUCUACGUUGUGGCCAUGAGUUCAAGCCAGAGGAGCCCAGGUUGGGAUUAGACGGUGAGGAAGGCUGGCGGCCUCUGUUCCAAGAGACAGAAUCUCCUGCUGUAUGUCCAAACUGUGGUAGCGAUCAUGUGGUUCUCCUGGCUCUGUCCCUGGGAACCACCAACAGGGAGCACAGGGAGGGAGAGCAAUCGCCAGCUCCCUUGCAGUCCACCAGCACUGUCUGUGACCCUUCUGACCACAGUGACCACAGCGACAGGGCUGACCCGGCCCCAUCUCAGGCACCAGGCUCCCGAGAUCACCACAGUUGGAGCCUCAGUCCCCCCCCUGAGCGCCACGGCCUCCGCUCCGUGGACCACCGACUCCGGCUCUUCCUGGAUGUUGAGGUGUUCACCGAUGCCCAGGAGGAGUUCCAGUGCUGCACCAAGGUGCCCGUCGUGUUGGCAGGCCACCCUGGGGAGUUUGUGUGUCUUGUGGUGGUGUCAGACCACAGGCUUUACGUGUUAAAAGUGACAGGGGAGAUAAGCGGGCCUCCGGCUAGCUGGCUACAGCCAACCCUGGCCGUCCCCCUGCACGACCUGAGUGGCCUCGAACUGGGGCUGGCAGGACAGAGUCUGCGGCUGGAUUGGGCUGCCGGGACAGGCAGCUGUGUCCUGCUGCCCCGAGAUGCCAGACAUUGCCGGGCUUUCCUAGACGAGCUCACCGAUGUCUUGCAGGCUCUGCCUCCUGCCUGGAGGAGCAGUGUCAGCGCCACAGAGGAGGAGGUAACCCCGGAGCACCGCCUCUGGCCUUUGCUGGAGAGGGGCUCUUCCUCGGAGCCUCCCCUGUUCUUCUACCUUCGGGUGUUCCUGGUCGAAGGCCCUGCAACCUGCCCUGUGUCCCUGUUGAUGACUCUGUCCACCCUGUACCUGUUAGAGGAGGACGUGGCAGGGUCCCAGGCAGAGCCUCCUCUUCCAGCACCAUCUGAUGAAGCUUCUGAGAAGUCCCUGCCCUUGGGGCUGGGCCCUUCUGUGCAUGUCAGGGAGCAGUGGCCACUCAGCAGCCUGAGCUCGGUGCUGCUGUAUCGCACGGCCCCGGGGGACCUGCGACUGGUCUUCUAUGACGAGGUGUCCCGGCUGGAGAGUUUUUGGGCACUUCGGGUUGUGUGUCCUGAGCAGCUGACGGCCCUGUUGGCCUGGAUCCGGGAGCCCUGGGAGGAGUUGUUUUCCAUCGGACUCCGGACUGUGACCCAGGAGGCUCUAGAUCUUGACCGGUGA